AUGGCGUCUCCGACGACUCCGGAGGGGCGCAGUGUGCGGGCGGAGGCGAAGGAGAUGGGAAGGUUUAAGGAGAAGAAGAAGUUGGUGUUCAUGUGCUUUCUGGUGGACCAGCGGCGGACGACGAGGAGCAGCAAGCCAGCGGCGGGGAUCUGCUCGCGCUGUGGGGCCUGCGCGAGGGUGGCGGACAUGAGGACGACUACGCGUUUCUGCUACGUGCCGGUGUAUCGUAAGACCUGGCGGGCUAUCAUUUGCACUUUCUGCGGCGCGCUCCUCAAGUCUUACAAUCGAUAGACACAUACAGAUGCAUACAUACAGAUACAGGUAUAGAGAUCCAUGGAACAGGAACGGCACUCUCGCGUGCUAGCUGGUGGCGUUCUGAUCAUGGAAAUGAUAAGAUGUGUGUGUAUACAUGCACACGUACGUAUACAUGUAUGAUGGAUAUUUUGAUCCAGUUAUUUAGCUACUUUAGCUCC